AAAUUGCUCGGUUCGGUUUCUGUAAUAUGUCAGAGAAAUUUACGGUUUCGUACAUGGCGCUCCUGGCUAUUACUUGUCUAUUAGUCGAAGUGCCUGCGUUCAGAGUAUAUCAAUUCCCUACGGACUUGGACGUUCCGGGCGGGACGAAUGUUACCUUGCACUGCAAUACUCAAAUAUCAAAAGAUACUGUUAGCUUUCUUUGGUGGAGGGAAGGCGAGAAUGCAUUUUUAGAAAGUGACAGCAGAAAACAAUUUAGUCUCGAAAAGACAAGAGGAACGCUUGUUCUUCUGGAUGUGAAAUUCGCCGAUUCCGGAAUUUACUACUGUGGAGCAAAGUAUCGGGAACAAUCUUUCUGGAAUGGAACUGGCUCCAAGCUCACUGUGUUCGCUCCCCCAACUCCAUUGGAAAUCGUUCCUAUUGCAGAGUUUUCGUCUCCUCGGAAGCUCCUUUGUAAAACAGCUGCCUUCUACCCGAAGGAAUUACAAAUCGUCUGGCAAAAAAAUAACAGGCAAAUUCUCACUGGAAUAAAAACAGAUAUUAACCGGACGGCGGAGGGUUUAUAUGAGGCUUACAGUUUAUUGGAAAUUAAUCAGUCUGCUUGGGGAAAAGAUGUUUACAUCUGUCUGGUGUUGCAUGUCUCCCUCACGGUGCCUGCUUGUUUCAGCCACAUCCUGGAGCAAGGCGCUGAUACCAUAUUGAUUCUCGAAUGUGCAGCGGGCGGAUCGGCAAUUUUAAUUCUGAUAAUACUUUCGCUGAGACUGAAGUUAAAGAGAUCACACGGGGGUAACACAAAUUCUUUGGAGGGAUGUCAGAAUGAAGACCCGGUAGGUGAAGUGACUCGUCUUGUUUCAGAGCGGGAUAUUUGCAAAGCAAAGAUAUUAUGA